AUGGGGGACCUAGCUGGACGCAAAGUGUUCAAGGUCUUCAAUCAAGACUUCAUUGUCGAUGAGAGAUAUACUGUGACAAAAGAGUUGGGCCAGGGUGCAUAUGGUAUAGUCUGUGCUGCGACCAACUCGCAAACCGGAGAAGGGGUGGCCAUCAAGAAAGUCACCAAUGUCUUCAGCAAGAAGAUUCUUGCAAAGCGAGCCUUGCGCGAAAUCAAGCUUCUGCAGCACUUCCGGGGCCAUCGAAAUAUCACCUGUCUUUAUGACAUGGAUAUUCCCCGACCGGACAAUUUCAACGAGACGUAUCUCUAUGAAGAAUUGAUGGAGUGUGAUCUUGCUGCGAUCAUUAGAUCUGGUCAGCCGCUCACUGAUGCUCACUUUCAAUCCUUCAUCUACCAAAUUCUGUGCGGUCUCAAAUACAUUCAUUCGGCAAAUGUGUUGCACAGAGACUUGAAACCCGGCAAUCUUCUCGUCAAUGCCGAUUGCGAGCUCAAGAUUUGCGACUUCGGUCUCGCCAGAGGCUUCUCUCAGGAUCCCGAGGAGAAUGCGGGAUAUAUGACCGAAUACGUUGCAACUCGAUGGUACCGUGCUCCAGAGAUUAUGCUAAGCUUCCAGAGCUACACCAAAGCUAUCGAUGUGUGGUCUGUUGGAUGUAUCUUGGCAGAAUUGCUCGGUGGAAGACCCUUCUUCAAAGGCCGGGACUACGUCGACCAGCUGAACCAGAUCUUGCACUACCUGGGCACCCCUAACGAGGAGACCCUGUCCAGAAUCGGAUCACCCCGUGCUCAGGAGUAUGUCCGAAACCUGCCAUACAUGCCCAAGAUCCCUUUCCAGAGACUGUUCCCACAAGCAAACCCUGACGCUCUCGACCUUCUGGACCGAAUGCUGGCAUUCGAUCCAUCGUCCCGUAUCUCGGUGGAGGAUGCUUUGGAGCACCGAUACCUUCACAUUUGGCACGACGCUAGUGACGAGCCUGCUUGUCCCAAGACCUUUGACUUUGCGUUUGAGGUUGUUGAGGAUGUGCAAGAGAUGCGAAAGAUGAUCCUAGACGAAGUCAUGAGAUUCCGUCACCACGUUCGCCACCAGCCAUCUCAGACUCCAGCUGCCAACAUGAACGUACCAAUUCCCGAGAAUCCAAGUCAAUGGAGCAGCCAUGAGGAUCCAAGACCGCAAGAGGCUGGUGCCUUUACCUCCAAUGACCUUGAGCACGAGUUACAACUGGGAGCGGAUAUGAGACGAUAG